AUCAGCAAAAGUAACUCAAAAAACUUCAAACAACUAUGGUCUUGGCUAUUACCCCCCAGAAGAAAAAGAGUGCUUUUUAUAACAAUGAGAAAGAGCAAGCAUCUCUGCUCUGCAUUUGCAAAACACUUGCUCCAACAUUCAUGUUCAUGAAAUGUAUUGGGUUCUUUCCGAUUUACUGGACUCACGAGAAUGACAAAUGUCGCUACAAAAAAUCGGCUUGGGGGCUGGUAUACUCUGCCUUUGUGACAGGUCUCGUACUGUUCAUCGUGGGCACCAACAUCCACUACAAAGAAUUAACGAACACUAAUUCAUUGCUGGUGCUUCUAAACAACCUAACAAAUGCCAUAAUCGGCCAUUACGUUGUUGUUGUAACAUUUUUGGUAUUCUUUAAAUUCGGCAGCUAUAUUGAAGCUAUGAAUAAAAUUGUAGACACAGUAAAGCCAGAAUUAUUUUGUCAGUCAGUUAUGCAAAGAUGCCGUUUCUUACAAUACAUUAAAUAUGUUUGUGUGUUAGCUGUUCUAUUAUUCCAAAUAGUUUUGUAUAUCUGGCUUAUCUACACCAACAGAUUUCACGACGAGAUCACUUUCUUAAACCUGGUAUAUAGAUUGCUGUCAAAUCUGACGUUUUGCCUCUAUGGCGUCUUUUUUACUAUGUUUGGGUUUUUGAUAGCAACGUUGGCAUGCUUCGAAAAGUUUACUGUUAGCUGUUUGAAGUAUAUACCAGUCCAUCCAAUGAAGGAUAUCGACGAUAGCAACAAUAUUUCAGAUUUUAUGGGCGUCAUCCACUACAAGAUAUGCAGAGAAACUCAUCCCGCUACAGACGAUUUACUAGACAUGAAACCUGCCGAGAUCAUCGAAUACUUACGAAUAUACCACGAAGAAUUGAGUUUGUGUAUAUACAGCUGGAACAAAUGUAUGGAUCCAUAUUUUCUUAUACACACAGUAGUCGAACUGGGAAUGCUGAUUAUACAUUGGUAUGCAGUCAUUGCUUACCUGGUUUAUAGCUUUAAGGAUCCUCAGGCUCACACUAUACAUCUCAUUAACUGGGCUUUCGUUAUUUUCCAUACGUACAGCUUGUUUUUGUUUUUAAAGAAUGCCCAGCAAUUGAAGAACAUGGUAAAUGGACUAAUUAACUUCCUAUUGGAGUACUCAACGAGAGUUUCCAAUCCUGAUGAACACCAACAAAUUCGAUUCUUUAUAGAAAAAAUAAAAAACCACCGUCCUUUUACGGCAAGUGGUGUCUUUACUAUAGAUCUCGGAAUUGCAGGUCCAAUUUCAGCUAAUAUAUUGACAUACGUUUUAGUUGCAUUACAGUUUGAGAUACCUAAAGAAUAAAGGUCGUAUUCUUGAUGUUAUUUAUGCUUGUCCAAGUGAAUUCAGCACCAGGACACACUCACCAUCAUGUGCAUCACCGGAUUCAUGUCCCACACAAAGU